AUGCUUGACUCUCUUUCGGUGAGAGCAAGUGGCAAGAGGCAGGCAGGCCAGCAAAAGGAGCCUCAUGCACUUUCUGCUCUGAGGCCGCAAGGGAAGAAGCACACGCUUCUUUUAUUUUUAAAACACAUAUUUUUCUUUUCUUUUCUUAUUUAUUUUAUUGUUUUUAUUUUAAAAACACAUAUUUUUGGCAUUUUGUUACCCACCUCAGUGAUGACACCCGGGGCGAACCAUACCCACUGUACACCCCUUCCUACGCCACUGUCCCCAAUGCUGUUUAACAUCUACAGGAAACGGCUGAGUUGGGUUAUCUGGAGUUUUGAAGUAUCUGCAAUAUGCUGAUAAUUCACAGCUCUAUUGCUCCUUUACAUCUGCAGGUGGGGGAGUGGAUGUGCUGGACCAGUGUCUUGCAUUGGUAAUGUACUGGAUGAGAUUCAGAAAACUGAAGCUCAAUCGAGGUAAGGCUGAGGCACUGUUAGUGGGUGGUUCCCUAGGCAUGAGGGUGGGAGCUUGCUUGCUCUUAAUGGGUUUACACUCCUUUUGAAGGAGUGGGUCCGUAGCUUGGGGUUUGCUGUCAUUUGAGGCUCAGGUGGCCUCAGUGGCCCAGAGUGCCUUCCAUCAGCUUUGGCUGGAGGCCCAGCUGUUUCCCUAUCUGGAAAGUGACAGCCUAACUUCUGCCGUCUAUGCCAUUCCAAUGUUACUGUUGUGCAAAAAAGAUGCACAUUUUUCUGUGCCUCUACAAAAUGUUGCACAGUAUCUAGAUCAUUAUUGGGUCAUGAUUCCACAAUGCCAAAAUAUCUCUCUGGCACUAGAGCUGCAUGCAUGCCAUAUAUUUAAAGCACACAACUUCCCCCAAAGAAUCCUGGUACUGUAAAUUAAAGGUAAAGGGACCCCUGACCGUUAGGUUCAGUCGCAGAUGACUCUGGGGUUGCGGCUUUCAUCUCGCUUUAUUGGCCGAGGGAACCGGCAUACAGCUUCCGGGUCAUGUGGCCAGCAUGACUAAGCCGCUUCUGGCAAACCAGAGCAGCGCACGGAAACGCCAUUUACCUUCCCGCCGGAGCGGUACCUAUUUAUCUACUUGCACUUUGAAGUGCUUUCGAAGUGCUAGGUUGGCAGAAGCAGGGACUGAGCAACGGGAGCUCACCCCGCUGUGGGGGUUCAAACCGCUGACCUUCUGAUCAGCAAGCCCUAGGCUCUGUGGUUUAGACCACAACGCCACUCGUGUCCCUGUUGUUGUUGUUUAGUCGUUUAGUCGUGUCCGACUCUUUGUGACCCCAUGGACCAGAGCACGCCAGGUACUUCUGUCUUCCACAGUUUGGUCAAACUCAUGCUGGUAGCUUCAAGAACACUGUCCAACCAUCUCGUCCUCUGUCAUCCCCUUCUCCUUGUGCCCUCAAUCCUUCCCAACAUCAGGGUCUUUUCCAGGGAGUCUUCUCUUAUGAGGUGGCCAAAGUAUUGGAGCCUCAGCUUCACGAUGAAGCACCUUCCAGUGAGCACUCAGGGCUGAUUUCCUUAAGAAUGGAUAGGUUUGAUCUUCUUGCAGUCCAUGGGACUCUCAGGAGUCUCCUCCAGCACCAUAAUUCAAAAGCAUCAAUUCUUCGGUGAUCAGCCUUCUUUAUGGUCCAGCUCUCACUUCCAUACAUAACUACUAGGAAAACCAUAGCUCUAAGUAUACGGACCUUUGUUGGCAAGGUGAUGUCUCUGCUUUUUAAGAUGCUGUCUAGGUUUGCCAUCGCCUUUCUCCCAAGGAGCAGGCGUCUUUUAAUUUCGUGACUGCUGUCACCAUCUGCAGUGAUCAUGGAGCCCAAGAAAGUAAAAUCUCUCACUGCCUCCAUUUCUUCCCUUCUAUUUGCCAGGAGGUGAUGGGACCAGUGGCCAUGAUUUUCAUUUUUUUGAUGUUGAACUUCAGACCAUAUUUUGUGCUCUCCUCUUUCACCCUCAUUAAAAGGUUCUUUAAUUCCUCCUCACUUUCUGCCAAUUACCCCUCACUAAUCUUCAAUUCUCAACAACCGCAAUGCACUAUAGUUCCCACAGUUCUGGGGGAGGGGGUUGCCAUGUGCUUUAAAUGUGCACAGCUGAAUAUGGAAAAAUUGGAUUUUCAAUAGGUCAAAACGUAAUGCUAUAAUAUAUUAAGAUUAAGGAUCAGGAUAAAAUAAAGAGGGAAAGGAAUUGCUGAACUAAUAAAUUGAACUGGAAUACAAAAAAGGGAGGCAUGAGGAGGUCCGGGAAACAAGUAAAUGAAAGAUAAGUGAUGAAAAGAUGGAAUUGUUUUUAACUGUUUUUUUUUUUGUAUUUUGUAUUUUUCUUUUCUCUAUUUUUCUUUUUCUUAUCUAUGUAACCUUUUUUUGAAACCUUAAUAAAUAUCAUUUAAAAAAAUAAAUAAAAUAAAUGUGCACAGCUGAGGUGGGAAGCACAUGCAAAGGCAUCUUCAGCCAUAGUUGAGAGUUAUGAUUCAGUUGUGGAUGGCCCUUGCUCAUGGUCAGACCUAGUGAUUCUGAAAAGGGUGAUAAAAGGAGAGAACUGCCACACUUCAGGAGAAAAUGGAGGAAUGAGAGUUUUUGUUCAUGCCAGAACUGUGGAAUUGUUGGUUAGCUCAGUUCCACAAAAGCAGCCGGGCUCUGCAGGAACCCCAGAUAAGUUUUAGCACAUGUGCAAAUAUUUACAUACCACUCUCUCACUUCUUAAAAGAAACCUGAGAAAGUUUUCAUGAAAUAGAACUCAAAGCGAAAGAAUAUCUGCCUGAUGUAAACUGCAAAUGUGUGAAUAAGAUAAAAAUAUUUUGUGUGUGUGUGUGUGUGUGUGUGUGUGUGUAAUGAUGGUGAUGCACCUGAUGCUGAUGAAAGGCUUUCUCAAAGAGACAAAUUUUGAGUCCUUUAUUCCUGUGAUGGACGCACUUGAAACCAGCUUGAUGAAACCAGCAACCAUAUACAUUUUAAUCCUGCGACUUCAGAAAAACAGUUGUGUAGCAGUAUAAAGCUUCAGGCAACAAUGUUGAUGGAAAUAAAGGACAUCCAUGCUUAUAUCAAACAAAUCACUUGGAUAAAAAAACAUUUAUUACACAAGAAACUGUAUCAAGUCAUCAUGUAAGGGAAGAGGCAAUUGACUUUCCCUAAUGUAGAAGCAACAUUGUGGCACUUUUUAAGUCUCAGAGUGACAAACAGCUCAAGAGAAAGGUGAUUUUCAUGGCUAAAAAAGAUCAAGAAUGAACUGUGGAAAACUAUGCUACAAGAAAAGCUGGGGGGCAUGUAAACCUCUAUUGUUCACAUGACGGUGUGCACACACCAUUUGAAUGGCAAUGCCUAGAGGGAGACCAGCUCAAUACAGUGGUACCUCGGCUUACAACCUUAAUUCGUUCUGGAGUCCGUUCUUAACCUGAAACCAUUCUUAACCUGAGGUACCACUUUAGCUAAUGGGGCUUCCUGCUGCUGCCGUGCCGCUGGCACAUGAUUUCUGUUUUCAUCCUGACGUAAAGUUCUUAACCUGAGGUAUUACUUCUGGGUUGGUGGAGUUUGUAACCUGAAGUGUUUGUAACCCGAAGUGUUUGUAACCCAAGGUACCACUGCAUUUGAAAGCACCUACACAGUAUCAUCUGCUCUUCAUUCUUUGGCAUCAGUUGAAAGUGUUUAGCAAACUUCAGUAAUAAGCUGCCAAUUCAGUUGGGGUUGAUGCAAAUGGAUGGUGUUGUAUAAAAUGGCUGACUAGGCUAUUAAUCUUUCAUAGAUAUUGUAACAUUUCACAAAUAGCCAAAAAAUCUCCUUAAAGCACAUUAUAAGUUCUCAUAACAUUACAAAAACAAUCUAUCCCUAAACAUAAUUUCUAUGGUAUUGUAUUAUGUUGAAACACCACCAGCAGCAGCAGCAGCAACAACAACAACUGGGCAGGUGAAGAAUAUACUGCAUCCUGAUUUGACCCUUACCCCAAAACAUUUUUGGCCUUUGCUGGAGGGCAAUGAGUACACAUUAUAAUUUAGAAGAUUCUGGAUCAACAAACAAGGACUUGUUCUCUUCCCAGCAGCAGAGGUGUCUGGUAUAAAUUUAACCUUGUUGCUUCACUUCUCAGAAUGCCAUAGGGACUUUUUCUCCCCUGAGAGUUGUUUAACUUGGCACACAGUACUAUCACCUUACUCUGAUGCUAUCCAGGCAGUGCAUGGUUGUUGAUUGUUUUUUAUAAUCUGUUAAUCAGUAAUUCACUUGUUCAACAUGCUAAACGGUGAGUCUAGCAACACCUGGAGAGCCACAGCCUGGUUCCCUGUUCUGAUUUAUACAAAUUUAUGCCUCAUCUUUUAGGACAAAGGCAUCAUCAAGGGGUGGCUUCCAGCAAUACAAUUACGAUAGAAACAAAUAAUGCAAAUUAGAACAUAUUAAACAUAAAUUCAUGUAAGAAGCCCUGGUAGCCUUUUGGUUUUGUUAUUUUCUUAAAUGAAAAGCAUAUUUAGGGCUGAGUUAUUAGUGGAUGUGCAAGGGUACCUGGAAGAAUACCACAAAGGGGAAAACAGCUGACAGGAAAGAUAUAUUCCGUUUUGGUGCACUGCUCUGGAACCUACCAAGGCUGAAAGGCAUUAAAACACACACCCUUUUCUUAUUUCCUUGCAUCCAGUCACACAUCUGUAUUGUAAUGGCCAUUGACUACCAACAAUAAAAAUCUUUGCUAUGCUAUUGAACUGAGCUGAAAUUCCAAUUCCAGAGGGAGAGACUUUGAGACCAUUGUUAGAUUUUAGUUGAUUAAUGGAUUAACCUAUUAAUUGCAUUUGCUUUAAAAUGCAUUCUUGGUUUGCAAUGAAAACAGAGAUUAACCAGCACCCUCAGAGAAAAUAGCAGCUUGGGAGGAGAGGGGAUUCUCAGCAGUGGGGGAGGCAGUGCAAGAAAAGGGGUAAAAUUUGCUGCACAUGUGCUAUGGCCCUGAUAUGGCUCAGGGCCCCACCUGGCAGCUUUUUCUGUCAACAGAAAAUCACCAGUGCUAGGCAUGGCACUGAAAAUGUGUGUGUAACAUAAUGUGUAAUUUGACCCAGAGACAUUAAGAAACCCUGGUGGAACAGGUAUAAUUAGCAUAUUGGCCAGCAAAUUUUUUCAGCAGGGAGCCGGUCCACUAUCCCUCAGACCUUGUGGGGGUCCGGACUACAUUUUGAAGGGGAAAAAAUGAAUGAAUUCCUAUGCCCCACAAAUAACCCAGAGAUGCAUUUUAAAUAAAAGCACACAUUCUACUCAUGUGAAAACACACUGAUUCCAGGACUGUCCAUGGGCCGGAUUUAGAAGGCAAUUGUGCCGGAUCCGGCCCCUGGGCCUUAAUUUGCCUACCCUUGAAUUAGCACAAUCCCUUAGGAGCAUAGAAUAGAAGAACUUUGUGGGGAACCACAGGUCAAAAGGAUGUAUGAUUUCUAUUUCAUUCUGGGGGGGAAAUGUGAAUAACUGAAUGAGCUUAAAUAUAUUUAACUGGAUAUAGGGUUUAAAAUUUCCCCCUCAGAAGUCUCCACAAAACUCAGGAGUGGGGGUAGGGAACAUUUGACCCUCCAAAUGUUGCUGAACUAUAACUUCCAUCGGCCCUAGCAGGUAUGGCCAAUGGUCAGAGAUGAAGGGAAUUGAAGUUCAGCAGCAGCUGAAGGGUCAAAGGUCCAUCACACCUGGUGGAAGGUGUGUUCUGAAUUCUAUUUAUAAGGAUGGUGUAUUUAUUAUACUUUUACACUGCCCAUCCAACUGUAUUUUCUACAGAAGAUCCUUGUCCCUACUAGUCCAAACAGCAGAGUGAGGACUGGCAAAAUGGGAGUGAAAGGCCAUAAAUAUAGCUCUAUCUUUCUUUCUCUCUCACACACAGGAACACUGCUUACUUCACACCAAUACUCUAUAAAAGUUAUGAUUACUAGAGAUGAUCUGUUCAAUCAAAUUAAACUACACUGACUGCCUCAAGCCAUUCAUUUGUCAUUUCAAAAAUCAAAUACAGAAAGCAUUUCAUAAUAUAUAAUCAGUCAAAGAAGACAGAACCAUGCAUGGAUGAAUUUUCCAAGAGAAUUGAGAUAAGAGUCAGGAAAUAAAAGCACCAUAUAGUAUCAGAUUGCACUGGGACAGGAUAUUAUAGACUCUUAACCUUGUUCACAAAUAUAUAACAAUAAACUGUAUGCAUUGUAGCAAACUCAGGCAAACUACACUAUUAAAAUGCUACUUUUUUCAUUUCAGAGAAGAUGGUGGAGUUGAAGAAUUACUCUUGUCUGGUAUACUGAAAUAUUGAAUAACUCCUAAUUAAUUAUAGUUCGGAAUCAAUGUUCAUGGGGCAUAUAAAUUGACCACAGGCAGAUUUGCUGUAUGCUGAUGAAACUAUCAAUGAGCAAGUUAUGCCACUGCACUUAACUUGCACUUAAAACAACUUUGGUCCUGAGGCACCAUUAAUGAGGCCCUUGCGGGGUUUGGCAAGCAGUGGAUUUGAUGCUGGAUGCUGUCAUUAGCAUUUCCCUCUAGAAACGCACAUUUGUUCCUCAUAACUUCUUCAGUGCCCCAUCAUCCCAUUGUCCAGCCAGUGUGGUGUGGUGCUUAGAGUUUUGGACUAGGACCUGGAAGACCAGGGUUCAAAUCCCCACUCAGCAAUAAGGCUCACUGAGUGACAUUGGGCCAAUUACUGCAUCUCAGCCUAAUUUGACUUACAGGGUUGUUGUGGGGAAUAAAUGAGGAGGGAGGAGAACAGUGCAUGCCACCUUGAGCUCCUUGGAGGAAAAAGUGGGAUAGGUAAAGGUAAAGGGACCCCUGACCAUUAGGUCCAGUCGUGGCCGACUCUGGGGUUGCAGUGCUCAUCUCACUUUAUUGGCCGAGGGAGCCGGCGUACAGCUUCCGGGUCAUGUGGCCAGCAUGACUAAGCUGCUUCUGGAGAACAAGAGAAGCUCACGGAAACACCGUUUACCUUCCUGCCACAGCAGUACCUAUUUAUCUCCUUGCACUUUGACGUGCUUUCGAACUGCUAGGUUGGCGGGAGCAGGGACCGAGCAACGGGAGCUCACCCCGUCGCAGGGAUUCGAACCGCCAACCUUCUAAUCGGCAAGCCCUAGGCUCUGUGGUUUAACCCACAGCACCACCCACGUCCCAAAAGUGGGAUAGAAAUGCAGUAAAUAAAUAAUAAAUGAUACUGACAGAGAUAUCUUAGAACAGAUGGAAAGAGAGGGUGCAACAUAUUUAGUAUUCCACAAACGGGAUACAUUAUGGCACCAAACAACACAAAGUCAACAUGAACUUCUAGGCUACAAACAGUGGGGUUGUUAAGUCAUGUUGGAACACCCCAACCACCAAGUGCGUGCAAAGCAUCUUAUGUAUUUAGGAUUGCCAGGCAUCCAUGAGUGGACAUGAAGUCUAUAUAGAUCCUAGACUCUUAAAAGUCCAAUGGCCAAAGGUGUGAGCCAUGCUGUCCUUUUCUUCUUCUUUUAAAUAGAUGUUUGUGUAGCUUCUACACACACACACACACACACACACACACACACCCAUUUCUGAUUAUUUCUAACAAUAUGCAGACCUUGGGAGCAUAAUCCAGUAAUGAUGGAACCAGUUUAUACAGUCUUCAAGCUUCACUCUAGAGCUAAGCCAGUGAUCAACGAACCAAAGAAAAGAUGGUUGAAAAGGGAUGUUGUGUGAACAGGGGGAAGUUGGCUCACUGGUUGUUCAGUUGGUUAGAGCAUGGUGCUGAUAAUGCCAAGGUUGCAGGUUCUAUGCUCAUAUGAGACAGCUGCAUAUUCCUGCACUGCAGGGGGUUGGACUAGAUUAUUCUCAGGGUCCUUUCCAAGUCUAGAAUUCUAUGAUUGUCUUCUUCUAAGUUUUGUUGGAGGAAUGAAGGCUUUGAACAAUAGAGAUAACAUGCUGUGGUUACUCAGCUUAAUUGGGUCACAUCUGCUAAAUACAUAAGCAGCACUCUGUCAUUGGUCAUGGAAGUUUAACGAACAAAGUUUAAAACUCAUGUGAAGUACACAGAAUAAUAUGGAACUGUGGUAAUCUAUAGCUAUUAUCUAAGAUGGUAAUGGGAUUCACUUUGUGUCCCCAAUGCAUCGCUAAUGUCUUCUUGACAAAUACUGUAACAGGAGAGACAUUAUUCAAUUAUUUGUAUGCUUCUUUCAUGAACAUUAGGCACAAUCAGAAAUAAGUAUCUGUGGGAAAUUAGUCUGCUGCACUAUGGCCAAUUUUAGAAACGCCUCCUUCAAUUUUUUCUUUUUCUUAUGAUGAUCAUCAGGACCAAUGUAUUGGGAUUAAAGGAGCAUACAAAAUAUGUCUCUGAUCUGAAAGGCUAACACAAUUAAGACAUAACAAAUGAUAACCCUAGGACAGAGGUGGGGAACCUUUCGCCCUCCAGAUGUUGUUGAACUCCUAGACCCAUCAAUCCUGACCAUCAUGACCAAUUGUCAGGGAUGACAACUGUAGUCCAGCAAAAUCUGGAGGGCCAAAGGUUGCCCACACCUGCCUUAGAACUUAUACAACACUUUUAAUUUUAAUGAGAAUAUAUGCAGUAUCUAAUUAAGAUGAGAAUAGAAAAUUGAAAUAUUACUCUAACUGGAACUCUAAUUCAAAAGGAGGGGUGUAAAUUAAAAAAACUAUGUGAAAUUAAGAUGUAAUGCUUUAAAUGAAAUCUACAAAUACCCAGUGCUUUUAAAAUAAGGAUGAGUAUAGGUAUAAGAAUUUCAGAAUUAACUUUUAUUUUUCUUGAACCUUCAUCACCUUUAGUCUACUUUGUGUGUCCUGCUGCUGUUUAUACAUUCAGUUCGCUCACAAAACCUACACAGGAGAGGACAUGAGUUAUAGUUGUUGCACCAUUCAAAGAACCACAAUGAAAAUAUGAAGAUAGUUACAGUUUCCUCAUUCUCUGCAAAGACUACAGAUUACUUUUACUGCCUCUGCCUGACACAUCUGUCAAAGAUUACUUACCAGCACACUGCUGAGAUAAUAAAAUCUUGACUGUUGUUUUGAUCAGGAUGCCCUUUCAUAUUGUACACUUGGCUUUGUGUGAUCAUGAACUUUACUUUUGUGAACUUUUGUAUGUUACUGCAGCAUUCUCAAGGUCUGAUUGAUGUUUUCAUUACUAAGUGGACAAGUGUAGGCUUUUGCUGGGGGUGUUAAGUACAGGGGCAGACUUUAGUAAUAUGGUGCCCUGAACGAGAACAACAUUUGGCACUCCCCCCCCCCCAUGUUUCUUAUUUGAACAAUAAUUUCUUUUGGUACAGUUGCUUUUUUAUGGAUCUGCUCAGUAGGUACCCAUAUAUUAUUAUUAUUAUUAUUAUUAUUACUAUUUUUAUUUUGUGCCCCCUCAGCUAUGUACCCUGUGCAGGGAAACACCAACACUGCCCUAAAUCUGGCACUGUUGGGUGUUUUGCUAAGGCUGUAGCCAUGGAUCCAUGGAGAAAGCUUGUCAACUCUGAUUUGGAGAUGGUAUUCAUCAGUAUCUCUGAACAAUCCCACAGCAGAGAGAUGGACUACAGACACAGGUUCUCUCAUGCUACUGUUGUAACAGUCCAACCAGUAUGGCUAUCAUUUAGAGAAGCAGUUGCACCCUUGUCAUAUGUGAUUAUUCCUCAGCAGUACUUACAUGUCUUGUUAUUAUGAUGUAUAUAAAGUAGCCACAGUAAAUCCUCUUAAAAGGCAUUGCUUUUCAUGGGCAAUUCAGGGUGCAAUCCAAACUCCAGCCUCAUGGUGCUGAGUGUGUGUCGUUGGAGAUCCCCAUUCUGUUCAUGGAAGUGCUUCAGGUGAUGUUUCCACAUGCAGAAGCCCAUGGAAAGUCAUAAAACAGGGUUUUUUCAGGGACAGGAAGUGGCAGAGCUAGUCCAGGAUUCCCUGAUCCCAAGCCAGCCCUACUGCUGUCACUUGACAGCAUCAGGCGUGAUACACACCUGAUUGCCACACCAGCUGCAGGCUUGGAGUGGGCUUUUGCCUGCGCUCUCAUCUUCUGCCCUAUCUGGGAUGAGCAAUGCGUCGGAGGAUGUGAUGUCGGCUUCACUGCUCCAGCUGGUGCUUGGCUGGGAUUCGGAUCGUUCUGCUACCCCAAAGUAGGCCUUGUGAUGAAAUCUCCACCCCUGCAAUUGCCCCUGCCAAUGAGUCAUCUCCCCUUUUUUUGUACAGCUGGAAUUUGAACUAUUAUCGUGCAGAAACAGUAUUACAGUGAGUGGCAGAAGGUGGGUGGGUGGAAGGAUAGAUGGAUGGUUUUGUCAGUGUGAGUGACAAAAUAACUUGCUGCUGCUUCAGACUGCAGUCUUUUGUUUAGCCAGCACUGUCCUAUGUGUUGUUCACCAAGUCUAGCCCUUGCUUCACUCCUUGGACCCUGUCAUCAAGACCGGAUUAAGAUGGUUGGGAAUCAUGGAGGAGUUCCCUAAAAAGCCAUCCCCCAUCCAGUAAAGAACAUUUGAAAUGAUAAAAAGUGUUAUCAAAUAAAAAUGUAUUUAUUUAUUUUACUAGACCUAUUUGUAUACCACAAAGAGAAACUGAAGGCUACAGUCCUAUGCCAGCUUACCUGGGAGUAAGCCCAAAUGAACUCAACAGGACUUACUUCUGACUACUCAGGGGAAAAUAGUACACAGCUUUUGGUGAGAGUUACACCUGAUGAAAUGAUGACCAAAAGCAAAGGAUGAAACACAUCAAAACCAGGAAGGAAUGCUAUUUCAGAUUUAGGAGAGAGAAGAGAGCAAAGUAUUAUAUUUUUGACCAAUUGUCAAGAUAAUAAUGUAUUUAUUACUGUGCAUGCCAUCUUUUGCUACAACCUUUUAACAUUUUAUUUUUAUCAUCAUUCCUGUCCAAUUGCACCAUUUUAAUCUGGUCUUGCUGGUCAUCACACAACACACACACACAAACAUUUAUGCCCCGCUCUUCAAUACCUCUUCAAUACAUUAUCAGGGUAGCUUGUUAUAAAAUACUAAAACUGUGAUAAAAUAGCAAGAUCAUUGUAAUAAGAUAAAAAGUACAACUCUAGAAAAGCAACAUCAAGCAUUCUAGCAGGAGGGACAUUCUGCAGAAUGUCUGCCCUAUCAUUCUCUAUAUAAAAUAGUUUUUAUCUCCAGGUCAAGAGAUGAAAGAAAAUGUGCAUAGUACUUGCUCCAAAAAUGUCUGGAACUUGGAAUAUUUGGAAUAAGGAAGGGUGGAUUGAAGUAAAAAAAAAAAAGUGUUUUGUGCAGCAUAAGCAUCGAGGUUGGUUCACGCCAGGAUUUUCAUUACUGGAAGACCAGCAUGAAGAGGGGGCUCGUUGUGCAUCACAGAUUUAAAAUAUAGGCAGAUAUUUCAUAGUUAAGUGUUGAGCAGGCAAGUGAUCAGAAAUCGGGUGAUGAACAUGCAUGUGUGAAGCAGCCCGUAACCUUUCUAUCCUGCAGUUCUAAAAUGGACAUGAACUUGAGAGGGCUAAUUGAUUAUUCUCAUCACUUACAGACAGCAUGUUGGUGAGUCCUCAAAGAGCUCUCUCUCUCUCCCCCUCCCUCUCCCUUUCUGUAAUUUAAAUCUAUAGUUGUGAAGCGUGUAUUCCACCUGGUGAGACUAUGAUUUAUUAUCUUUAUUCUCUAUUUUGACACAUUUCAAAUGCUUAAGGCUACUUGUUUGAAAACAUUUGAGACAUGAAGACUAUCAAACACUCCCAGAUGAGAGCCGCAAGCUUUGCAUAUACUGUUCUAGAAAUGAACGAAGCAAGACAGUGUUCUGUGGCUGCUUAAUCAAUCUUGAUGAGUAUAUAAUUUGAGCAUCAACAGAAGAUAUAUUUUAAUUGACUCGAAAACACACUAUGAAUUCAAAUCUGGCAAAUAACAAAGGACCUUAGCCUUAAUGAAGCAGUAUCAUGCAGUAGUCACCGCUGUGCCCGCAUAACAAAAAAUGUACUCGUAUCAGAUAACCUUUUCACUUCUUCGUGUAUUUAUAUGAGCAUGAACUUUCCUCUCCUUUCUUUGUAAAUAUUUGUAGAGUUGUGCAAAUGCUGUUUUAGAACAUGCGAUCUUUCGCAGAGAUUUGGGGAAUAUAAUCUACCAUUAAAAAUGACCUUUCUAGCCCACUUUGUUGUAGUCAUGUUGUAGGCACAUGUCAUGGGCUCAAAGUUUUGUUUAAGCAGUGGUGUCACCAGGUCUGGAUCACUGCUUGCCAACACAAAUACCUUAAAUUAAAGGGCACCAAGGAUUCUAGAGUCUAACACCUCUCAGAAAUGCAUAUACUACCGUGCCCAAACUAAGCAAGCCAGGGUGGGGGGAGAGAGAAGAGAAAUGAUUUUAUUUUGUCCUGCUAGUUCCAUGCUUAAAAUCUGGCAUGGUGUAAGCAGCACAUUCAUGCCUCCUGAUUCUAGUGGCUCAGUCCUACCAUUUGUGGUGUCCCUGCAUUUGUGGGGUGUGGAAAAAACAGAACUGGAUGCCUACAUAUGUGUGUGAGAGAGAUUGUUAUCUCUGUGUGAAAGACAGUUUGUACGCUGUGUGCAUGUGUGUUUGGUCUGCAUGUGAGGUGAGUGUGUGUGCGCAGUAUGUAUAUUGCAUGCCUGCUGAGUGGUUUUUUGUGUUGGGCACCUGUGCUAUGUAUAUACCGUCCAACUUUUUGGGACGGUAAAGAGGGAAUCUGUGCACUUUUUCUCCUGCCCCGUAUCUUCAUGCUCUUCAUAUAUGCAUACUUGCACAUUGACAGCUUACGUAUGGCCCUUGAAAGGCAGUCCUUAGCCCGAAGAAGCUUAGACACCCCCCUGAGAUAAAGUGAGGCAGCUGAUUAUGGGUGUCAUCAAAGAGCACAAAUUGUUGUUUAAUUUAUCAUUGUGGUAUUGUUAGUCAAGCAGUACUUUUGGAAUUUUCUACCACAGCUUCCAAGGCUAGUCUUGGUACUCUGCACCUUGUUUAUAUGCAUGUGCACAUGCACGCACAUGGGGAUGUGGGGGGAGUGAACCGUUUACCUCAGGUCACAAACUGUUUUGAGUCAGCUACUCAGGCCUACUCAAAUCUCCCCAGUUUCCUCAGGAUUUUACUCUACUGAAGGACAGCAUAUGUUUACUCCAUCUCUGAAAACCCUAUUGUAGCACAAGAAUGUCAGUCAAUCUAAUAGUCCCCAAAGGGGCAAAUUCCCUUCUGAGUGAAGAAAUAUGACUUGACAGGUGGUUAAAACAUUGAGCCAAAAGAGUGAGGGAGAGAUAAAAUUAGUGCAGAUUUAUGAUUAGCUCCCUAUAAACACCUCAGUGGACAUAACGAAAACACUAGUCAUCUAAACGCAGCAUGAGCUCCUUUAAUAUGUUAACAUUUUAUGUCUGUUACUUUACCCUGCAUCUGGACCAUUUUUCGGUAUAUCACGACAAAUUAAAAAGUAAAACACGAAGUAAGUGAUCCUACUAAUUUUAGCACACAUUCCACUUCCAGACACUUAUCUCUGUCAGCUGUGCUAUUUUAACCUGGGGCAAGCCUCCAAGUUUCCCAUUCUGGAGUAGCAGUAUAUAAGUUGCCAUUUAAGACUGACAGGAGGUCAGUGUAAAAUGCCACUUCAACAUACGAGGUAAAGGUUUCAUAUUAAGUAAAGGGACGUCUGCUACUUGUUUACAUUCAUGGACAAGUCUACAUUUUCAUUAGAACUUAGUGCACUUUGAGCAAUGCUGUACUGGAGACAUGACUAAACCAGCUCUGAUGCUUCAGAGAAGGGACGGGAUGUGCCGCCCACUGAAGCUGUUGCAAGAGAUGGAAUAACGUGAUAUGGCACAUCCGUCAGGAUGAAACCCCCUUUCCUAUUUUACCUCUUAGAUAAAUUUUAAAAGUGACUGAUGAAGUGGGCCCUAGUCCAUGAACAAUAAACAUAUCAGCCCUUAAGGUGCCACAAGACUCUCCACAGUCUUUGCUGCAACUGGCAAACACAGCUACUCCCUCAACCCCUGGUGUAAUUCCCUCAUUCAUGUAAGUCACACAGCUCAGAAAGCUACACUUGAACUCCCUGUGCACAUUUAAUAAGUGCAGUAUAAAUAUGAAUGAAGUGCAGGGCUGCUAGCAAAUGUGGAUGUAUUUGCAGUACCAAAGUACAGUGGUACCUCGGGUUAAGUACUUAAUUCAUUCUGGAGGUCCAUUCUUAACCUGAAACUGUUCUUAACCUGAAACACCACUUUAGCUAAUGGGGCCUCUUGCUGCUGCUGCACCGCUGGAGCACGAUUUCUGUUCUCAUCCUGAAGCAAAGUUCUUAACCCGAGGUACCAUUUCUGGGUUAGCGGAGUCUGUAACCUGAAGCGUAUGUAACCUGAAACAUAUGUAACCCGAGGUACCACUGUACUCCAUAUGGAAUUGCUGCUUAUCCCAGGCUCCCCCCACCCUUGUUGGAUAAACGCAAUGCGUCAAGAACUGGAAACAGCACAGCCUGAAAUGAUAUGCAUGCCAAGCUCCUAAGCUUGGUAAUAUAGCCCUGUAAAAAUAAAGUUGGCUGCAUUUGUCUAUUAGUAAAACUGAUAAGGAAAUCCAAUGGUAUAGUAUUAUGCAAGGGUUAGUGUCUCAGACUAGAAUUAGGAAGAUUCCAGGUACAAAUUCUCUUUUAGCCAGGAAUCUCAUUGGUUGAGCUACUGAGCAUGACAGUUGCAAGGUUAAAAUGUUGGCUGAAGCGGGGGGGGGGGCAGUUGAGAGAGAAUAAUGUAUGCACCAGGAUCUCCUUGCCUCGUAUAGGGAAGUUUUUAAUGCCCGGUGUUUUGUUGCUUUUUUAUGGAGUGGCUGGGGCAACCCAGUCAGAUGGGCUUCAUAUAAAAAAUAACAUGAUUAUUAUUGGAGAAAUUGCCAACAUAAAUCAAUCAAUCAAUAAAAAAUAUGGCUUUGAGGCACCCAACAUUUAGAAUAGUUCACCAGUCUCUACAGUUAUGUAAAGAAACAAAUAGUAUAUAUGUUUGCUUGUUUGAAUGAUGUAUGCUUUUUUCUAAUCAAUUACAUAAGCAACUGGCAGAAUGGACCUGGCUAGUUCCUGCACUUCUGUGGUACACUAAUGUGGAAAUGUAAUUUUAUUUUUUACAUUUAUAUACAACUUUUUCUUCCAAUACACUAGAUAUUAUUGCCUAAACCAGGGAUGGGGAGCUUAUAGCUUUCCAUAUGUUCUUGGGCUCCAGCUCCCAUCAGUCUCAGCCUGCAUGGCCACUGGUGAGGGAUGGCCGGAGCUCAGCAACAUCUAGAGGGCUUCAUGUUCCUCAUGCCUGGUCCAGACAGUCAGUAGUAAUGUUCUCUUUUAAAGAGAAACUAGGGUCCUGCCAGUUUCCCUUUAAAGGAGUGAAAGGGGACAACUGGCUUUAUGGUGCCAACCAUUCUGCAGCACUAUUACCAACAUUACUGGAGAACGGAGUCUGACUGCAGGCAACAGUGUAAAAUCAGCUCCAUUAGAAAAAGGUUUGGCUCCCAUACUUAUUAUGGUGAUGAACAAAUGGGAAAUUGCCAGCCACUGUUAAGUAUAUCUUAAGUACAUAAGAGGAGCCCUGAUGGAUGAGACCAAAGGGUUGCCUACUCCAGCAUUUCGUUCUCCCACUGGCCAUCCUAUGGUAAGCCCACAAGCAGGACAUGAGUGCAAUAGCAUCCCUUGGCUGCUGCUAGAGGCAUGCUGCCUCGGUUACUCGAAGUAGCAUGUAGCCAUCAGGACCAGUAGCCAUUGGUAGCUUUAUUAGCCACAAACUUUUUUAAUGCCCCUUUAACAUGAUUCACUUGGGUGGCAUCACUACAUUUGCAGUAGGACAUUUCAUGAUUUUGCUGUUUGAAAUAGGGGACUAUGAAAGGGGGGACCCUUUUUCUGGUGGUGGUUCCACACCACCACUGGGUGGUUCCCUCCCAGUUGAGCUACGGCAGGUGGCUGCACUUCAGGCUUUGGGAAGCAUUAAAGACUCAGUCAUGUCCAUCAGCCCUCCUGGUGUUAAUUUUUGUUCUGCUUGAAGAUGACUGGAACAUUUUCCUGUUAUUGUCAUGAGUUUACCAAUCUGUCCCCCCCCCCCCUAGAUUUCUUUCAUUUAUUUCAUAAAAUGUAUAUACCGCUUGAUUGCAGAAAACCUCAAAGCUGUUUACAAAAAAAGAAUAAAACAGUAACAUUGGCUGCUCCACAGUGACUACUUUGGAAGGUGGUGGAUGUUUUUAAACAGAAAAUGGAAGGCCAUUUGCCAUGGAUGGUACAGCUACGAUUCCUGCAUUGGAGAUGACCUUUCUGUUUUCCUUCUAACUCUACAUUUCUAUGAGUCUAUGAAAUGCAGCAUAAAUACACGCCCGGGCCCUCCAAGCAGAGAGAUUUACACCUGGACUGUUUGCAAAGGGCAGCACUCUAGAAACGCGGUUUUGUUUUUAUGUUUUUAAGUGUGCCCUUCCUCUUCGAUGGCUAAGCCCGCUGCUGCUUAAUCCUCUGGAGGAAAGCGACUAUUGUGUCCAAGCUCCGUUUGCGGGUGCCAAAACCCUCCGGGGCCCUGAAGCAGCGAGAGGAGCUGCGAAGGCGCGCUCCCCUCCGCCGCCGAUGGAAAGGGCGACUGCGGAGCACGCGCUCCUCCCCGGCCAGCCAGAGGCGCAGCACGUGCCCAGGGAGGGAGCCUCGUUGUUGUUGUUAUUGCUGCUGCUGCUGCUGCUAGGGGAUCCGGGGACUUGAGCAGGCCUGGCCCGAGCCGGGUUGAAGGAGGACAAGCCGGCAGCGCGCCAAGUGAGUUCGGUUGCGCGCGACGGCCCCCGCUCCCCCCACCCCCGCCGCCUGUCGGGUCAAAUUUCAGCUCCGUCGCCGAGGGGUCCUCUAUAUAAAGCUUGUCGUAGAGGGAGGCGUGAGAGGACGAAGCCAGGCGGGCAGUGAAAGCGAGCUUGCUUUCUCAGACUGUGGCGAGGUCUGUGUUUCUCUGAAGGGGAAAAAAAGAAGCGCGACGUGGCUGCUGAUUUCUGCCAAGAAAGAAAGCAACAGGUAAUCUAGACUGAUCAUGUGCAUGCCUAGUUUUCUCCUUCCCCGCUUGGGAUUCCGUGAAUGAAUGCCCAAACUUUCUGCAGGAAUAAAGUGCCUUCUGGAGUUUGCUUUUCGCAACUCAUGAUUUGAAGUAAUAAUGCCCCAAGCGGGUUCGUAGAGAUUGCAUUUCCUUGACUGGAUGUGAGUUUCUAUCAGUAGGCAAUGCAAGACAUGCCUCUCUGCAUUAUGGCUUUGAGUUGAAGAAUCUAACAGGUUGCAAAGCUUUUGCAGUGCUGGUAUAUAAAUCUUAGUUGGGCUGUUGAUGGAAUCUCUAAGCACCUGAUCCUAAAUAAGCAGUGGGUUGCUGCCAACAUGGGAAGUAGCUCCUUUACAUAAGGUGAGCACUUUGAUGAUGGAUCUGCAGAUUCAGAGAAGACCCAAGCUGGGGCUCAGAAGCAGAGCACAUGUUUCACACAUAGAAGGCCCCAAGCUUGGGCAUUUUUAGUUUAAGGUAGGACAUGAUGUGAACAACUUCUGCCUGAAAGCUGCCAGCUCUAAAUCGAAGCCGGGCAAUAUUAGGCUGAAUGAACAAAUCAUCUGAUUUGGCUUUCUGUAUGGCCAUCUCUAGGGACGCAGGUGGCGCUGUGGGUUAAACCACAGAGCCUAGGACUUGCUGAUCAGAAGUUCAGCGGUUCGAAUCCCCACAAUGGGGUGAGCUCCCGUUGCUCGGUCCCUGCUCCUGCCAACCUAGCAGUUUGAAAGCACCUCAAAGUGCAAGUAGAUAAAUAGGAACCGCUCCGGCGGGAAGGUAAACGGUGUUUCUGUGCGCUGCUCUGGUUCGCCAGAAGCGGCUUAGUCAUGCUGGCCACAUGACCCGGAAGCUGUACGCCGGCUCCCUUGGCCAGUAAAGCGAGAUGAGUGCUGCAACCCCAGAAUCGGUCACGACUGGACCUAAUGGUCAGGAUUCCCUUUACCUUUACCUAUGGCCAUCUCUUGACUUUAAAAUGCUCCCAACAGUUGCAAAAGCAUUCAUUUGCAAGUGUCUGAGCUCAGUGAUAAGGUGCAACAUAAUCUGAGGGAUUUAUUUUCAUGUAGUGAGCAUAAACCUCAGGACUCUGGGCACAUGAGGGAAAGAUCCACACAUUCUUCCAUCUACAGGAAUCUUCCCCCUGUCCCUAGAAAACUCAGACCCAUAAAGUAUAAGGUCUAUAAUCUUAUAGUGCAAGCAUAUGAUACAGUUCCCAGUACUGUAGAGAUCUGAUCUCUAUGCUGUGGUUUAGCAAAUUAACCUACAACCUCCCUAUUUUCUUUUGACCUGCAGGUGUCCUUACAUAAUUUUUGCCUUUUUCUCUGGGCAGAACCAUUGCAAUGGCAGCUGUGCCUUCUGCUGGGUGCCUUCUGGCAAAGAACCAGUACUACAGAAGUAAGUUUUCUGCCUUGAAAGGAGGACUAACAUGAUCUCAAAAUGUUUGUUUCUGUACAGACAGCCACAUGUUUAGUGUGCAUACUAGUAUGGGUUUCAUUAUUCAUGUUUAGGGCUGGCCUUAGAUUUAAAAGCACCACAAGCAAGAGGUAUAUUUGCUUCACCCCUCCUUUUGCUCAGCUCUGGAAUAUCUUUAAUUGUAUUUGUAACCAAUUUCUGCAUGCAUGAUUUAUUCCUGUCAUCUAACCUGUGGCAGGUGCCCCUAACUGGAACCUGUUGCCCACCAAACUUGAUUUCCCCCAGCAGUUUCCUGGACCACCUGCCCUUAAAACUAGCUCUGUUUAUAUGACUCUUCCUGAGGGAAUUCUUUGUUUCUCCAAGAAACAUUUAAUAUUGAAAUAAUCUUUUUAAUAUCAGUCUUAUUUGAAUGUAUCAUAUGCAUUUGAAUCAUACUAACUUGCUGUCAUAUGAUGCAACAUGAUUCCUUGCAAUUAACAUUUGCUUACAGAAGUGUAAAAAAUUAGCCACUGUUUGAAACAAUAGGCACGGAUAUGUGUUUACUAACCAUUUGUUACAUUUUAAGAGUUGUUUCUUUAAAAGUAAUCGAAGGUGUUUUGAACCUUAAACACUGGUCUGUAUGAUACUGAUUUGAUUUCCCCAAAUGUAAUGUAGGCUCUCUUUUUCACACACAGCACGACUGAAUUCUGACUCUAGUGUUUCUUCAAGCACUUCAUCUUGCUGCUCUGAACCCACAAACUCCUUGGACCAGGAAAAAGCACAUCAUGGUAUUGUGACUCUUACUUAAAUUAUUAGCUAACAUCCAGAAAAGUUUAGCAUACUUAAUGGGAAUAAUUUGACCUGCCAUCCCCAACUGUGCAUUUAAUUCUAAUAUGUUUUCAGAUAAGACUACAGUAUGCUUUGCCUUUUCUGGUAUUGUUGCUUCAUUAAAAUUAAUAGCCUUUUUUGUCGCUUUGGUUUUUAUUAUUCACCAGCUCCAUAUGUGUAUGCUUUUAUAGGGUUACCUGACGUGUUUGAAAGAUGCUGGUGGAUAAAAAGCUUCUUCCACUGUGAGCCCAUGCCUCAGAAUGUAGGCAGGAAAACAUUGUCAGCCAGCAGGUAAGAACUGCUUCACUUCUGGGGGGACAUGAUUUAUUAGAAUUAAUAUUAUUGUGGCUUUAUAAUCUGGCCACUUUUAUGUUGAAAGGAGAUUUCCAAAGAUUGCUCUGAUGCUGAUUUUUGUUUAAACUUAGAAUAGCUCCUCUUGAAAUGAGUGGGUCUGGUUUAUUAAAAAUGGCAAGUAUAGGCCAAUUUAUUUUAGUGGAGUGGGAGGUUAUUAAAUUGCCCACUGGCUGCCAAUAUGUUCAGUGAUCUUUUGUUAGUGAACCAGACCAUAGAACAAUGACAACUAUGUGAAGGUUGCCAUACAGGUUUCAGGUGCUUGACAUUAAAGUUCAGUCAAAUAUCUGUAGCUCCUUGUUAGGCUUUUCAACUACCCACAAGGUUUUUUUGGUAACAGCAUCCUUAGAGCGCAGUCCCAAAUUUAAUAGGCCUUACUUCUGAGUAAACAUUCAUAGGAUUCUGUUGCAAGUAUGCUUGUAAUAGACACCCUAAAAUGACAUUUAUACCAUCCCUGUUAUUUUAUUUAAAACAUAUCUAAUGUGUUACAUCAAAUAGCUAUAUACAUUCCAUUGCUGCAGAUCAGCUUCUCCCAAGUUGGUACCAAUUGUCUGGGAUCAUGGGAGUUGUAUUCCAAAACAUUGAAAGGGCCUCAAGUCUGUUCCAGAGGAAAUGUGCUUCCUCUGUAACUUAAUUUCCCAGGACUUUAGUUUUAUAUGGACUUUAAUAUAUAUACAAAUCUGCAGUCAGCUAAUAUCCAUUUACAAUAACAAUUUUUUUUACAAGUCAAAACAAUAUUACAAAUCUAUUUUAAAAAGCAAUAAGACUGGAAGCUUUCAUUUGCAUUCUCUGGUUUUAUGGGAAACGGAUUUUAAAAAAAGUUUUCUGUAGAGCUUAACUUAUUAUGUAUAGAAACAAAAGCACUUCUUUAGUUGUCCAGAGAAAUUAUCUUCUCACAGCUGGUGUGCAAACGUAGUUUCUUUUUCUUUACUGUUUUCGGGGGAGGGGAUUUAAAGGAGAAUUCCCAUUUAUAAUCUGUAUUGUCAAGCAGCAAAGCAAAGUUAAAAACUUGACAUUUCCAAGAUCAUGUAAGAUUUGAAUCUUAGACUAAUAGGUUGAUCUGCAGUUCUGGUUUCUACUCAAACUUGUCAGUAACUCUUUAUAGCAAUCUUUGAUAAAAGGUCUAUUCUUAAUUUAUUUUUUUGACAGUGCUAACAGCUGA